AUGAGGGGAAGGAAAACAAUAGUUACCUUGAAGAACAGAGCGCAGAGAAACGGCGGCGGCGGCCGGAGAACGAGAAGAAAGUCCGGACUGGAACUGCGGAAGAGCGAAAGCUUCUUUGGGUAUAAGUCUUAUUGCAUGCCGAAUCCAAUACCAAUGACGGGAAAGAGAAAGCUCCGCAGGUCUGGUUCCUCAUGGCAACAUCCCGGUGUGAUGAAGUCUAAGGGAGAGAGCAGUAGAAUGCCUUCCUAUAACACAGAUGAUCGAAUCAGUACGCUGCCUGAUGAUAUACUCCACCUUAUCUUGUCUUUCAUGUCGAUCAAGGAAGCAACUGUUACCAGAUUGUUUUCUAGACGAUGGAGGUAUUUAUGGACGUGGGCAUCCUUUCCUCGACUCAGCUUUGAUACCUCGAUCCUCCCAAGCGAGCUAAACGUUAGAAUGAUUUCCAACCUUAAAACAGAAGACUUUAGAUUGCUUGCCAAGCAGAACUCGGAAUAUAUCAAACGUGUUAACAAAGUACUUAGGUUGUACCAAGGCAACCAUGUUGAGGAGUUCAGACUUCGUCAGGCCCUGAAUCAGAAGCACACGUAUUUUGUAGAUUGGUGUGUCAAGUUUGCCCUCUCUAGGGAAGUUCAGAAGCUGGAAUUGGACUUCGAUGUACCUCAUAGAAAUGAUGAACAUAGGAUGUAUGCUUUCCGGGUAGGAGCUUUGGACCAGGUUACUCAUGACUCACACUCAUCAAAGAGAAAGAGAGUAAGACAUUAUUUAUGCAGUGGUCGACCAUCGCUUUGCUGGUCACUUCCUGGGUUUAAGCGUCUCACAUCUCUUUCUUUUAAAAGUGUCAAAAUGGGUGGGGAUGUUUUGGAGGGUCUUCUAUCAAACUGUCCUCUCCUUGAGACGCUAACGCUAUGCAGUAUAUAUGACUUAAGCUAUAUUAGAAUUUUUGGCCCUUCGUUGAGGUUAAAGCACUUGGAGAUUGUAUGGUGUAUUGAAUUGAAGGAAGUUGACAUUUAUGAUGUAUCAAUUGUGUCUCUCAAGCUGGCCAUUUCUUCGCUGGUUGUAUUUAGGAUGAGUAAAGUUACACGCUUGGUUGAGCUAUCUAUACCAGAAGAUUUGGAGAAGGCCAAUAAGUUAGGUUUCUUCUCCUCUUGCCAUUCCCAGCUAGAGUGUCUGAAGCUGCUUCCUUGUAGUUUUUUUUAUAAGAAACAUCAGCCUGUAUGCUCACUUUCCAAAUUAACUAAGCUUAGAGAACUGGAAAUAGUGUGGUUGUGGUGGAAAAAUAAUCUUCUUUAUUUCGUGCCUGUGAUUGAAGCAUUGCCACAUUUGCAGAAAAUUGUGAUACGAACAUAUGGUGGAUGUCCCCUACAAGGUCAAGAUGGAAGAAUGGAGUUGAAGAAGGCCGAGAGAGGUGUUAGCCUGCAGCACCUGAAGCUGCUGGUAUUUGUAGGAUACGGUGGCGGGGAAGUUGAGCAUGAGUUUAUCUUGCAUGUAAUAGAAAAUGGCCCGGCACUUGACACCAUCAUCAUCAACCCAAAUUGCACAACUCACUAUGGACUUGCCCAUGCGGAGGAACAUCAUGCAGGGUGCAAGGAGGCUGAAAAUGUUAGGCAACAUGCUCAGCACUGGCUGGAAGGAAUGAUACCUCCUACAGUUAAGUUGGUCAUCAAAUGAUAAUUAAUAGUGAGUGGCUCAGUGCUAUUUUAUCUCCAGCAUUUUUAUUAUCUCCGAGCUGCUACAUGUGUUUUGUAAUCAGCCAGUGCGAACAGCGAUAGAGAACAGAGCCUAGGAACCAACCAUUUGAAUUGAACAAGUGGAUCUCGACGAUAAACAAUAGAGAAAUUCUUGAGUGCCUUUUUGCUUGUUAUGUUUGAUUAUGUUCGAUCGUUUUUGUCAUUAGAUAAUAGUUGUGUUGCCAGAUUGUCGUUUCACGGCCUUGGACGAUGAUGGUCAAUUCACAGUAGGGACUUGUGGAGGUGUCAAUCGAUUUACGGGCUAGUCGGUUUAGGGUUUAUGAGGUUACAAAGUUAGUCAGAUUCGAGUUAAUCGAAGUUGCGCGUUAGUCAUGUUGCGGGUUUAUCGGGUUACGGCUUAGUCAAGUUGCUGG